GUAAGUUGUGCCCACACCCAGCCGGACCUUUCUGCGAUACCCUGCUUCCGUCGCGGACGUCAUCGGUCUUGUUUUGGGCGUUCCGGAGCACUGAGAACUCAACGGACUAGUAGGAAUUACUAGAGAGAGACUCGUUUUCCCCACACACACCCUGCUGGGCGCCACCUACGGUCUUUUGCUGCCUCUUUCUCUCUCCAACACCAACAACCAGUUGUACCUCGUUCCUACUUACAUCCCGCAUUUUUAUUCUUGCUCUUGUCGUUGUUCACUUUAGCCUCUCCUGCUACUGCUUCUUAUUUUCUUUACCCCUCCAACUCUACCCUCCUCUCCCACCUCACUCUUCCUCGAUCUCUUGUCUCUUUUGGCUUCUACUCUUAAUCCCCAGAUCUCCUGAGAACGAGCUCCGAGGCUCCCACUUUUCCCCCCCUCCUUGAGUGCGGUGUACCGUCAUCCUUACUCAAAAAUGGCGGAAUUCGUGCGUGCCCAAAUCUUCGGCACCACCUUCGAAAUUACAAGCAGGUACACAGACCUGCAGCCCGUGGGAAUGGGCGCUUUUGGUCUCGUCUGUUCUGCGAGGGAUCAAUUGACAGCACAGCCGGUCGCAGUCAAGAAGAUUAUGAAGCCGUUCAGCACACCAGUUCUGUCCAAGAGAACGUACCGCGAGUUGAAGCUGUUGAAGCAUCUACGACACGAAAAUAUAAUCAGUCUCAGUGAUAUUUUCAUUUCUCCGCUCGAGGAUAUCUAUUUCGUCACGGAACUCCUGGGAACCGACCUCCAUAGACUCCUCACCUCCCGUCCUCUGGAAAAGCAGUUCAUUCAGUAUUUCCUCUACCAAAUUUUGCGAGGACUGAAAUAUGUCCACUCGGCCGGUGUUGUCCAUCGCGAUCUUAAGCCGAGCAACAUCCUCAUCAACGAGAACUGCGACUUGAAGAUUUGCGACUUCGGUCUUGCCCGUAUUCAAGACCCCCAGAUGACAGGCUAUGUCUCGACCCGGUAUUAUCGCGCUCCCGAGAUCAUGCUCACAUGGCAAAAAUACGACGUGGAAGUGGAUAUCUGGAGUGCAGCCUGCAUCUUUGCGGAAAUGCUGGAGGGAAAGCCACUGUUCCCAGGAAAGGAUCAUGUCAACCAAUUUUCGAUUAUUACAGAGCUUUUGGGCACCCCGCCGGACGACGUUAUUCAGACCAUCUGCAGUGAGAACACUCUGCGAUUCGUCAAGUCGCUGCCUAAACGCGAACGUCAACCUCUGGCUAGCAAGUUCAAGAAUGCCGACCCAGAUGCUGUUGAUCUCCUCGAACGAAUGCUAGUUUUUGACCCCAAGAAGCGAAUCCGUGCAGGCGAAGCGCUUGCGCAUGAGUAUCUCGCACCUUACCACGAUCCCACCGACGAACCUGUGGCCGAAGAGAAGUUCGAUUGGUCCUUCAACGACGCCGACCUGCCGGUGGACACCUGGAAGAUUAUGAUAUUCUUGACUUCCACAAUAUUGACCAGGCCAACGAUGCUGGCCAAGUGCUCGUUGAAGGAGCAGUCGCCGAUGGACAGCAGGCCUUCGCAUGAGGAGGUUCCACAAUAUAAUGCCAUGGACAAGGCGCAGGCAGCGAUGCGAUAUGAUUAUGACGUCGUCAAUUCCUUCGAUUUAUCUUGGUAUGUAGACUGGAAGCGGGGACUGUGA